AUGGCUCGGGGAGGGGCAGGGGCAGAGGAGGCCUCCCUGCGCUCAAACGCAUUGUCUUGGCUGGCCUGUGGCCUCCUGGCCCUGCUGGCCAAUGCCUGGAUCAUCCUCAGCAUCUCGGCCAAGCAGCAGAAGCACAAGCCGCUGGAGUUACUGCUCUGCUUCCUGGCGGGCACGCACAUACUCAUGGCGGCCGUGCCCCUCACCACCUUCGCCGUGGUGCAGCUCCGGCGCCAGGCCUCUUCCGACUAUGACUGGAAUGAGAGCAUCUGCAAGGUGUUUGUGUCCACCUACUACACACUGGCCCUGGCCACCUGCUUCACAGUCGCCUCCCUCUCCUACCAUCGCAUGUGGAUGGUGCGUUGGCCUGUCAACUACCGUCUCAGCAACGCCAAGAAGCAGGCACUGCACGCCGUCAUGGGCAUCUGGAUGGUCAGCUUCAUCCUCUCUACGCUGCCCUCCAUUGGCUGGCACAACAAUGGCGAGCGCUACUACGCCCGCGGCUGCCAGUUCAUAGUCUCCAAGAUUGGCCUGGGCUUUGGUGUCUGCUUCAGCCUCUUGCUACUUGGGGGCAUUGUCAUGGGGCUGGUCUGUGUGGCCAUCACCUUCUACCAGACGUUGUGGGCCCGGCCCCGGAGGGCUCGGCUGGCUUGGCGAGCGGGGGUGGGGGGCGGGGCCAAGGGGGGUGGGCCAGGGGGCUUGGGUACCCGGCCAGCCUUUGAGGUGCCAGCCAUUGUGGUGGAGGAUGCCAGAGGGAAGCGGCGGUCCUCGCUGGACGGCUCCGAGUCGGCCAAGACAUCCCUGCAGGUCACCAACUUGGUCAGCGCCAUCGUCUUUCUCUAUGACUCACUCACAGGGGUGCCCAUCUUGGUGGUGAGCUUCUUCUCCCUUAAGUCGGACUCGGCCCCGCCGUGGAUGGUGCUGGCUGUGCUGUGGUGCUCCAUGGCACAGACGCUGCUGCUGCCCUCCUUCAUCUGGUCCUGCGAGCGCUACCGGGCCGACGUGCGCACGGUGUGGGAGCAGUGCGUGGCCAUCAUGUCCGAGGAGGAAGGCGAUGACGAUGGGGGCUGUGAUGACUAUGCAGAUGGCCGAGUGUGCAAAGUGCGCUUUGAUGCCAAUGGUACCACAGGACCAGGGGGCAGGGACCCCUCCCAGGUUAAGCUGCUGCCUGGAAGGCACAUGCUCUUUCCCCCUCUUGAGAGGGUCCACUACUUACAGGUCCCUCUGUCCCGCCGUCUGUCCCACGAUGAGACCAACAUCUUCUCUACUCCUCGGGCACCAGGCUCCAUCCUGCAUAAGUGGUCAUCCUCUGAUGACAUCCGGGUCCUCCCUGCCCAGAGCCGAGCCCUGGGGGGCCCUCCUGAGUACCUGGGACGAAGACAAAGGCUGGAGGAUGAGGAGGAUGAGGAGGAAGCUGAAGGUGGGGGGCUGGCCAGCCUUCGCCAGUUCUUGGAGGGGGGGAUGUUGGGGUCAGGUGGGGGACCCCCACGGGGUCCUGGCUUCUUCCGGGAAGAGAUCACCACCUUCAUUGAUGAGACACCUCUGCCUUCUCCGACUGCUUCGCCAGGGCCCUCUCCUCGCCGGCCCAGGCCCCUGGGCCUCUCACCCCGCAGGCUCUCCCUUGGGUCCCCUGACAGCAGAGCCGUUGGACUUCCUUUGGGGCUAAGUGCAGGGAGACGCUGCUCCCUGACAGGAGGUGAGGGGAGUGCAAGACCUUGGGGAGGAUCCUGGGGCCCAGGUAACCCCAUUUUCCCCCAGCUGACCCUGUGAGCCCAAGUGGGCCGGCGGGACUCAGGGGAGGGGCCCUGAGUAACACCAGUUCUGGCCCUGAGCCUAGGGCAGCUGCCUCCAGACUCCGUGGAGGUGGGCACUGGAUCUGGGGCCUGGAGCCCCCUGCUGUCUCCCAUCUCAAUGACCAGAUGCCCUACUCACCUUCCAUCACCCUUAGCAAAACAUAUUAAAGCCUGAAGUGUUACCAUGGAAA